AUGCAGAAUCCUUCAUUUGUUCUCAAAGACAUCAAAAAGGUCGUCAUCGAAGACAGGCCCAAGCCUCAACUCAAAGACGGCCAUGAUGUUCUCGUCCAUGUCUCACAAACCGGUAUCUGCGGUAGCGACGUCCACUACUGGCAACGGGGCCGGAUUGGCGAGUACGUUGUCAAAGGCCCCAUGGUCCUCGGCCACGAAUCUUCAGGCGUCGUAGUCGAAGUCGGCGAACACGUCACGCAUCUCAAGCCCGGUGACAGAGUCGCCAUGGAGCCCGGCGUUCCUUGUCGUCGGUGUAGCUACUGCCGCAACGGCAGCUACUUCAUCUGCCCGAACAUGAUCUUCGCCGCAACGCCCCCCAUCGACGGUACACUGGCCAAGUACUACAUCAACGCCUCGGACUUCUGUUACAAGGUCCCUGAUAGCGUAUCCAUGGAAGAGGCGGCCAUGGUGGAACCUCUUUCGGUGGCGUGUGCAAUCUGCGAGACGGCUGAUCUGAGACCGCACCAGACUGUGCUCGUUCUGGGAUGUGGCCCCAUAGGAGUCCUGUGUCAAGCCGUGGCGAAGCUUUGGGGCGCCGGCAAGGUUGUCGGGGUUGACGUCGUAGAGAAAAGACUCGAAGUCGCCAGGAGCUACGGCACCGACGCGACGUACACCCCUCCUCGCGCUGGAGAGGGCGUUGACCCGAUGGCUCAUGCAGAGACUAUCGCUGCGAGGAUGAACGAGGAGUUGGGUCUGGGAGAUGGCGCCGAUGUAGUGCUUGAGUGCUCUGGUGCGGAGGCUUGUAUACAGCUCGGCGUGUUUGCGGCGAAGAAGGGCGGAACGUUUGUGCAGGCGGGCAUGGGCAAAGACGUAGUUGCUUUCCCAAUCACUGCAGUCUGCACAAAGGCGCUAUGCGUCAAGGGCUCGAUAAGGUACAAGGCCGGUAGCUACCCAGCUGCGAUUGAGCUUCUUUCUGGUGGCAAGAUUGAUGUCAAGAGAUUGGUAACGCAUAGGUACAAGUUUGAGCAGGCCGAGGAGGCGUUCGAGUUGGUUAAGGCUGGAAGACCGGAUGUGUUUAAGGUUAUGAUAGAGGGUGUUCUAGAGUAG